AUGAAUCCGUUAUUGGGGGAGAACGCGUACCUUGUUCAGCAACAGCAGCAUAACCAGAUGGGAAGCCAUUCGGAUUCUUCCAUGACAGGCCUAGACUCAUACGGUGCACCUGACUUGGGUGAGCACACCGGCUUUGGACAAGAUGGGCUAUCUGGCCUGGACUUUAGUGCGCUGCCACCUUCGGGACUCGCGUAUCUGCACCUGAACAACAUGCACCGUGCGCCGUCGCCCCCCGCAGCGAUGGCCCUGCGUAACGACUUGGGCUCCAACAUCAGUGUUCUCAAGACCUUGAAUUUGCGCUUCCGUUGCUUUUUGGCUAAAGUUCAUGAGCUGGAGCGUCGGAAUAAAGCUUUGGAGAAACAGCUUCAGCAGGCUUUGGACAAUAAUGAAGGCAAUUCAGUAGAAGGACACGGGAAAAAGCCAUUGACUAAGGAAAUGGGAGUCCAGACUGGUUUCGUAGGGCCCAUCGCAGUUAGGCCCGGACAUAUCCCCCUCCAGAACGUAAAUAAUUCUGCAUACCUACCCGGAGGCCUUCUCUCUCCAUCACUCAACAGGCCUACAACUCCCUUCUUUGAGUCCAACAGCAAAUCAGUAUUUAGGAACUCGACUCUGACUGACUCGAAUUGCAACCUCAAUUCCAACCAACUCACUCCACAUAUUUCCAUCAGUUCUUUAUUAACCCCUACUGAUCCUUCCAAGACUAUAUCCAACAUUAACGAGAAAUAUGUCAGUUUUGGGUCUGGUAUGUCUACUAACCAACCUCCCCGGUUCCUUCCCGGCACCGUUUGGUCCUACAACCACGACCGCAGGUUUGGCGCGGGGAGGGAUUCGCGCAUAACGGGCACGGGUGUGCCUUGUGCCCAAACGGACGGAGUAGGUGUUCAAAUCGACACCAUUACCCCUGAGAUACGGGCCCUGUACAAUGUGUUGGGCAAGGUGAAACGAGAAAGGGAUGAGUAUAAACGCAGGUAUGAAUGAAGCAGUCUAACUAUUAUAGUUAAAGGCCCGGGGCCUUAAGCAUAUGUUAUUGUCACCAGUAAACCUGAUGUGUGAUGUCAUUUAUUGUCUCUAUAGCCCACCAUUAUUAGGGCAACACCCCUACCCCAGGAUUGGCCAAUCCUUCUCCUGGAGAGCGAAGGUGUGUGCAGGCUUUUGUUCCAGCUCUGCUCUAAUUACACACUGAUUCUACUAAUCAGUGAUCCUUUUUAUAGUUACAGACACCAUAACAUCUCAGUGUCCUUCAGCCAAAGUCUUGUCAGAAUAGGAAUAUAAAAGUGGUAAUGUCAUAGAAAAUAAGCAAAAAUAUUGAGUUAGACAUUUUGUCUAUUAUGGUGUGUAUCAAUAUACAGUUGGGUUCUCCUGUUACAAAUGAGGUGUGGAAUGUAUCCGAAGUAACAGUAGGCUAUUUUGAGCCUAAUCAACCAUAGUGUGUUUUUGCUUUCUUCAUACCAAAUUACACCCCAGAACACAAGAAAAUAACAUUACAUCAUCAUGCAAAUGAUGUAGUCCCCUGUAGCUCAGUUGGUAGAGCAUGGCGCUUGCAACGCCAGGGUUGUGGGUUCGUUUCCCACGGGGGGCCUGGAUGAAAAAUGUAUGCACUCACUAACUGUAAGUCGCUCUGGAUAAGAGCGUCUGCUAAAAUGACUAAAAAAGUGCAAGGUCUAAAGGAGUUGCGUACAGUACUUAUCUUGAAAUAUAAGGCAGAGCUAUAUUACAGGCUUUAUGUUUGUCCAGCUGAUGAUCAUGCUACAAAAGUACUAUGUUAUCUUAGAACGGAGUUGGAAUGAGGAGGCAUCUGUUUUCUUGUUGUUUGUCGUCAUCAUCAUCCUCCAUAAGAUGGCUUCUGGUUACUUUGUAAAUCUUGAAGUGUUUUAGCCACUCUACGUUUUGUCUUCAAAUUGCCCCUGUACUUCCCAAAUGAUAUGCCAUUACAAAGCUUCACUAUAGGCUUGUAGGGGAUCAUAGUUCAAACAUAGUUGAUCAUAGCGUUUAAAAUAACAGCACUGGCGAAUCUCUUAUCCAAUAGGAGGAUUAUCUAGAGAGGGCUGAAUAGGCUGGGGAGAAGUCAGCAGUACACUUGGAUUUCUCUCUCACAUGGCCCUUCUCUCUCUCUCUCUCACAUGGCCCUUCUCUCUCUCUCUCUCUCUCUCUCACCCUCUCUCUCUCUCUCUCUCCUCCGCCCCUCUGCGUUUCGUCUCAGCACCUGCAAUGCAGCACUGUACUGAAAGCUGUGACCGCUAGUGAUGCCGCCAGAGACUGUUCACAUUAUUCUCUCUCUUUCUCAUUCCCUCUUUCUCUUCCUCUCUCACACUCUCUCUCUCACUCCCUUUCUUUCUCUCUUUUUCACUUACACCCUUUCCCACUUUACUUCUCUCUUACACGCAUAAGCUCUCUGUUCCUCUCUCUUUCGCUCUCUCUCUCUCACCCCCCCUUCCCAUCCUGUACGAGCACUCGCCUUCUGCAGCAUCCGUGAGAAGAUGCUGACAUCACUAAAUGACAUCAGUAACCUUCCCUACAGCCUAUAGUCCACUGUCUGAAUGUUAAUGGGAACAAGGCAACGUCAACUCUCUGUUAUCCAGCCUCUAUGACUUGCCAGCCGGAACACCUUCCUCUAAUUCUCUUUUAUGGAGAAGGUCAAAUGGUUUAACAGGGGAACAUUUUCAAUCAUCUGCCUUAGAUCUCAUGAAAAACAACUGUCUCAUAACAAUACAAUAACAUACUAUUUGUUUUUGUGUAAUGAGUCUGCAGGGGGCUGUGGGAAGCUAGAAUAGAACAUCCUUUUCCAUUCAACUUAUACAGUGUAUAUGUUUACAGCUUGUACAAUUUACCAGCCUGGUCUCAUUGACUAGACGUAACAUAGUACAUGUAAAAUCCAGGACACACAAAUUAGUAUGAUAUGUUACGUUUGGUAUGGAUAAGUCGCUCUGGAUAAGAGCAUCUGGUAAAUGACUAAAAUGUAAAUGUAAAUAAGACAGAUGGUUACUUAAGGCAAAAACGAAAGUAGGGUUCAAGUUCAAGUUAUCUUUAUUGUCCCAAUUGGGAAAUGUUUUGUGCAGUCAUGGUUCAACAAUAAAAAACAACAACAUUAAAAACAGUGACAACCAUAUAACUGAUAUACACAUAACACGAAACAAUGAGAUCGAUAACAAGGAGCAGUCAUUGUGCAAAAGUGCAGCAGUAAAUAUACAUUAUUUAAUUUUAUCUGCAGAUUCAGAAGGUUUAUGUCCUCUGGGAUGAAAGAGUGGUUGGUCGGGGUGGAUGGGUGGGCGUAUAAUGCGAACGUAUACCCAAAGGUUAACAUAUCAAAAAAAUUUGAAAAUUGUAACAUAUAGUACGUAUUGUAAUUCGUAACAUAAUAUAUGAAAUGGGUGAUGGACAUCCACAAUUUCAUACAUACCAUACAAAACAUAACAAAUCAUACUAAAUGGAUGUAGCGGAUUUACGUACAGAAUAAUACAAAAUGCUAUGAGACCAGGUUGAAUUUACAGUAUAGGCUACUGUAGGCCUAUACACUGCAUCCCCACUUGAGCAGACUGAUAACAGUGUGUAUAGGCAACGUGCACUAUGGCACAUGCACCCUCCUGGGUUAGGCCACUUCACCUUCAGUAAGUGUUGCAGCAGGGUGCUCUACAUGCAUGGUGUCCUGUUGCAUAACACAGCUGAGUAAGGGAGAUUAGGCACACAACAUGGAUAUACAAACUCCAUCAAACUUUAUUAUAAACUGGGUGGUUCGAGCCCUGAAUGCUGAUUGGCUCACAGCCGUGGUAAAAAAAACAUGUAUUUUUACUGCUCUAAUUAUGUUGGUAACACAACAGGUUGGUGGCACCUUAAUUGGGGAGAAUGGGCUCGUGCUAAUGACUGGAGCGGAAUCAGUGGAAUGGUAUCAAAUACAUCAAACACAUGGUUUCCAGGUGUUUGAUGCCAUUCCAUUAGUGCCAUUCCAGCCAUUAUUAUGUGCCAUUCUACCCUCAUUAGCCUCCACUGGUUGGUAACUAGUUUACAGUGCCUUUGGAAAGUAUUCAGAACUCUUGACUUUUUCCACAUUUUGUUACGUUUCAGCCUUAUUCUAAAAUGGAUUUAAACAAAAACAUUUCCUCAGCAAUCUACACACAAUACCCUAUAAUGACGAAGCAAAAACAGGUUUUUAUACAUUUUUGCAAAUGUAUUAAAAAUAAAAAACAGUACUCAGAUCCUUUGCUAUGAGACUCGAAAUUGAGCUCAGGUGCAUCCUGUUUCCAUUGAUCAUCCUUGAGAUGUUUCUACAACUUGAUUGGAGUCCACCUGUGGUAAAUUCAAUUCAUUGGACAUGAUUUGGAAAGACACACACCUGUCUAUAUAUGGUCACACAGUUGACAGUGCAUGUCAGAGCAAAAACCAAGCCAUGAGGUCUAAGGAAUUGUCCGUAGAGUUCCGAGACAGGAUUGUGUCAAGGCACAGAUCUGGGGAAGGGUACCAAACAUUUCUGCAGCAUUGAAGGUCCCCAAGAACACAAUGGCCUCCAUCAUUCUUAAAUGGAAGAAGUUUGGAACCACCAAGACUCUUCCUAGAGCUGGCCGCUCGGCCAAACUGAGCAAUCGGGGGAGAAGGGCCUUGGUCAGGGAGGUGACCAAGAACUCGAUGGUCACUCUGACAUAGCUCUAGAGUUACUCUGUGGAGAUGGGAGAACCUUCCAGAAGGACAACUAUCUCUGCAGCACUCCACCAAUCAGGCCUUUAUGAACGGAGCAAAGUACAGAGUGAUCCUUGAUGAAAACCUGCUCCAGAGCGCUCAGGUUCUCAGACUGGGGCGAGGGUUCACCUUCCAACAGGACAACGACCCUAAGCACACAGCCAAGACAACGCAGGAGUGGCUUCGGGACAAGUCUCUGAAUGUCCUUGAGUGGCCCAGCCAGAGCCCGGACUUGAACCCGAUCUAACAUCUCUGGAGAAACCUGAAAAUAGCUGUGCAGCAACGCUCCCCAUCCAACCUGACAGAGCUUGAGAGGAUCUGUAGAGAAGAAUGGGAGAAAAUCCCCAAAUACAGGUGUGCCAAGCUUGUAGCGUCAUACCCAAGAAGACCCGAGACUGUAAUCACUGCCAAAGGUGCUUCAACAAAGUACUGAGUAAAGGGUCUGAAUACUUAUGUAAAUGUCAUAUUUCAGUUUUUGAUUUUUAAUAAAUUAGCAAAACUUUAUAAAAACCUGUUUUUGCUUUGUCAUUAUGGGGUAUAGUGUGUAGAUUAAUGAGGGGGAAAAACAAUUUAAUAGAUUUUAGAAUAAGGCUGUAACGUAACAAAAUGUGGAAAAAGUCAAGGGGUCUGAAUACUUUCCGAAUGCACUGUAUAAUAGCAAUAACGCGCCUCUGGGGUUUGUGAUAAUAUAUGGCCAAUAUACCACGGCUAAGGGCUGUGUCCAGGCACUCCGCGUUGCAUUGUGCAUAAGAACAGCCCUUAGCCGUGGUAUAUUGGCCAUAUACCACACACCCCGGGCCUUACUGGUUAAUUUAAUCGCGUGAGCGCAACACUGUAGCCUAUAGUAGAUGGUAUUAGGCUAUCUGCCUGGUUUCUGUCUCUCUGGUAUUUGUAACCAGUGUUAUUAUUAUACUAUUUCCGAGACAUUUUGGCCUUUGACAAAGUUAUCUACCCUCAGUCACAGAUGGUCAGGAAAAUUGAGGUACUAGAAUAGCCUAAAUAGACAAUGGUGAUUGUGAGAUUGAACUAAUACAAUUGGGUUUGCGAUUGGAAAUUGUUCCCAGAAGAGAGAGUGAUGAUAGUGUGAUGUUGUCGUGAUGACUUCCUCAUCAGUCUCCAUUCUCAUCUAUAUGAUCACUGUGUGUGUGUGUGUGUUAACAGAUGGGAGGAAGAAUACACUGUCAGAGUGGACCUCCAGGAGAAAGUGGCUGAGCUGGAAGAGGUAAGCCCAUAGCUGUGUCAAUGAUAAAGGGCAAUCUGUGAUUGCUACAUACCCCUAGAACCAAAAAUAUAAGUGGGUUUUUCUCCAUUGUAGCUUGAAAACAUGGUAAAACUAUCAUUUUGAGCUGAUGGAUGGUCCUUGUGUCCAUAGCACCGUCUAUGAAUUUGAUAGUGGUUGCAUUACUCCAGUCCCAUCCCUAAACUGUUUACCUAAAAAGUUGGUGGGUAACUGCUUUAUUGUUUGAACAGCAGAUUACCCCUUUAAUAUUUCACAUCACACUAACAUUAUGAUUCCACCUCAGAUCAGCUGGGUUGAUUGGAAAUUAACUAUUCAAUACACCACCCAUUCUAUUUAUUAUGCAUCCUUAUAAUCAGUUAUGUUAUGUCAUACAUGCAAUGCAAAUUAGGCGUGUGUGUGUGUGUGUGUGUGUGUGUGUGUGCACAGGACCUCCAGGAGAGUGAGGUGUGUCAGGAUGAGCUGGCCCUCAGGGUGAAACAGCUGAAAGCUGAGCUGGUCCUCUUCAAAGGCCUUAUGAGCAACGUGAGUCCCUCAUAGCGAUGUUGGGAAAUGAUUGAAAAUGAUGAAUGAUGAAUAAUGAUGAAAAUGUUUGGCACACCCCAAAUUCACCCCAAGUUGUUGAGAUUAGUAUACCUCAAGAGUAGUACCAUGAGAACUUUGAGUUAUAAAAUCGUAGAAAAUCUCUAACAAAAUACUUUUAUGGUUACUCAUUGUGCAGUUUACUUCGAAAAUGUCUUUAAAAUACAAAUACGAUUUGGGAACACCUAUUUACUUUUGCGGGUCUCACUCACUCACUCUCCUCUCCUAUUUUCUCUAUCAGAACCUGUCGGAUCUGGACAGUAAGAUCCAGGAGAAGGCCAUGAAGGUGGACAUGGACAUCUGUAGACGUAUCGACAUCACAGCUCGCCUGUGUGACGUGGCCCAGCAGAGGAACUGUGAAGACAUGAUCCAGAUCUUCCAGGUCAGGACCGCUCAUAGGCCACUGUACUACUAACUAUACUAUCUGUUAGGUAGCCCCUAGACACUGAUCUAAGAUCAGUUUAGCAUUUAACACCAUAAUGGUUAAAUGUAGGAUUUUUCCAAGGUAAGCUUAUUCUAGAUCUGUUGGAGCAAUCGUCGAUUGGUAUAAUUACAGCAUGGCUAAAUCUGUGGAGGCAAGUCCACUCAUAUCUUCUAGGUCAAGUCAUGUUAAUUACACCUUUAUUACUCUGCUAUUACACUGUUAUCCCACCUUUAUCUAGCAGAUGGCCACACCUCCUUCCACUCUGACUCGCCGGCCCCGGAAGCAGGCGGCCCAGUCGGUUAAAGGCGGUGACGGGGAUGAACCAACCAGCAUCUCUGAGAGCGAGGGGGGCAAGGAUGAGGAGUCGUGUAGCACGUCAGCCAAUCAGAUCAACGAGGAGAUGCAGAGGAUGCUGAACCAGCUGUGAGUCCUAACUAUGAGGAAAUGGACAGCAAUCGAGGUCUGCUAAAGUCUCAAACGCCACACCUGGAGAGCCACUCUACAUUUCAAACCAUGAUUAUUUGAAUCAGGACUGUUAGAGUUGGGCUGGAUAAAAAGCUUGCACACUGCUGAUCUCCAGGACUAGAGUCUGUCACUUGUAAGCAAUGAGCAGACCAAAGUCGGCCAGUGAACUACACUGAACAAAAAUAUAAACGCAACAUGCAACAAUUUCAAAGAUUUUACUGAGUUACAGUUCAUGUAAUGAAAUCAGUCAAUUGAAAUAAAUUCAUUAGACCCUAAUCUAUGGAUUUCACAUGACUGUGAAUACAGAUAUGCAUCUGUUGGUCACAGAUACCUUAAAAUAUAUAGGGGUGUGGAUCAGAAAACCAGUCAGUAUCUAGUACCACCAUUUACCACAUGCAGCACAACACAUCUCCUUCACAUAGAGUUGAUCAGGCUGUUGAUUGUGGAAUGUUGCCCGACUCCUCUUCAAUGGCUGUGCGAAGUUGCUGGAUAUUGGCAGAAACUGGAACACGCUGUCGUACACGUCAAUCCAGAACAUCCCAAACAUGUUCAAUGGGUGACAUCUGGUGAGUAUGCAGGCCAUGGAAGAACUGGGAUAUUUUCAGCUUCCAGGAAUUGUGUACAGAUCCUUGUGUCAUGGGGCCGUGGAUUAUCAUGCUGAAACAUGAGGUGAUGGCGGCAGAUGAAUGGCACGGCAAUGGGCCUCAGGAUCUCGUCACGGUAUCUCUAUGCAUUUACAUUUCCAUCGAUAAAAUACAACUGUGUUCGUUGUCCAUAGGUUAUGCCUGCCCAUACCAUAACCCCACAGCCACCAUGGGGCACUCUGUUCACAACGUUGACAUCAGCAAACCGCUCGCCCACAUGACUCCAUACACGCUGUCUGCCAUCUGCCCAGUACAGUUGAAACCGGGAUUCAUCUAUGAAGAGCACACUUCUCCAGCAUGCCAGUGGCCAUCGAAGGUGAGCAUUUGCCCACUGAAGUUGGUUACGACGCCGAACUGCAGUCAGGUCAAGACCCUGAUGAGGAUGACGAGCACACAGAGGCGGUUUCUGACAGUUUGUGCAGAAAUUCUUCGGUUUUGAAAACCCACAGUUUCAUCAGCCGUCCGGGUGGCUCAUCUCAGACCAUCCCGCAGGUGAAGAAGCCGGAUGUGGAGGGCCUUGGCUGGCGUGGUUACACGUGGUCUACGGUUGUGAGUCCGGUUGGAAGUAAUGCCAAGUUCUCUAAAACGACGUUGGAGGCGGCUUAUGGUAGAGAAAUUAACAUAAAUUAUCUGGCAACAGCUCUGGUGGAGAUUCCUGCAGUCAACAUGUCAAUUGCAUGCUCCCUCAACUUGAGACAUCUGUGGCAUUGUGUUGUGUGACAAAACUGCACAUUUUAGAGUGGCCUUUUAUUGUCCCCAGCACAAGGUGCACCUGUGUAAUGAUCAUGCUGUUUAAUCAGCUUCUUGAUAUGCCACAACUGUCAGGUGGAUGGAUUAUCAUGGCAAAGGAGAAAUGCUCACUAGCAGGGGUAAAUCUGAGAUAAAUAAGCUUUUUGUGCGUAUGGAACAUUUCUGGAAUCUUUUAUUUCAGCUCAUGAAACAUGGGACCAACACUGUACAUGUUGUGUUUAUAUUUUUGUUCAGUAUAUAAAUAGAUGUACAACUAGGAAGCCAUACUAUUGUUGGUCUUGCAGGAGGGAGUGUGAGUUUGAGGACGACUGUGACAGCCUGGCCUGGGAGGAGACUGAGGAGACUCUGCUGCUGUGGGAGGACUUUCCAGGAUACACUCUGGGAGCAGUGGAGACCCAGGGAGAGGUAGGCCACUACACCUACCACUAGUCACUGGCUGAUCUAAGAUCAGUUUUGUAUUUACCAAUGUAAUGGUUAAUGUUAGGAGCUGGCUAGGGUAAGCUGAUCCCAGAACUGUGUUAAAGGGCAUGUUUUAACCGAAGCCACUGUACUUUCUGCUUGUUAAUUAUUCUUAUGGUUGGUCUGCCUUGUCUGUGUGUCUGUGUCCUACUUUAAACAUUGCAUGUACGACUGUGACAUGACGUUCCUUUCACCUCAUGUAUAUUAGGCAAAUUAGCACAAAACAAUGUGUUCUCUCUCUCACUUUCUCACACUCACACACACACCCACACACACACCACGCACCAUGCAGCAGGAGGAGUCCAUAGAGAAGGUGAUAAAGGACACAGAGUCCCUCUUCCAGACCAGAGAGAAGGAGUAUCAGGAGACCAUCGACCAGAUUGAGGUGAGACACACACACACACACACACACACACACACAAACAAAGCCCUUCUAGAAUACUAUUCAUAAGCCUGCAGUGAUGAAGCACUACUGUAAACAGAGCCAUAAAUACACUGCUAAAAAAAAUAAAGGGAACACUUAAACAACACAAUGUAACUCCAAGUCAAUCACACUUCUGUGAAAUCAAACUGUCCACUUAGGAAGCAACACUGAUUGACAAUACAUUUCACAUGCUGUUGUGCAAAUGGAAUAGACAACAGGUGGAAAUUAUAGGCAAUUAGCAAGACACCCCCAAUAAAGGACUGGUUUUGCAGGUGGUGACCACAGACCACUUCUCAGUUCCUAUGCUUCCUGGCUGAUGUUUUGGUCACUUUUGAAUGCUGGCGGUGCUUUCACUCUAGUGGUAGCAUGAGACGGAGUCUACAACCCACACAAGUGGCUCAGGUAGUGCAGCUCAUCCAGGAUGGCACAUCAAUGCGAGCUGUGGCAAGAAGGUUUGCUGUGUCUGUCAGCGUAGUGUCCAGAGCAUGGAGGCGCUACCAGGAGACAGGCCAGUACAUCAGGAGACGUGGAGGAGGCCGUAGGAGGGCAACAACCCAGCAGCAGGACCGCUACCUCCGCCUUUGUGCAAGGAGGAGCAGGAGGAGCACUGCCAGAGCCCUGCAAAAUGACCUCCAGCAGGCCAUAAUUGUGCAUGUGUCUGCUCAAAUGGUCAGAAACAGACUCCAUGAGGGUGGUAUGAGGGCCCGACAUCUACAGGUGGGGGUUGUGCUUACAGCCCAACACCGUGCAGGACGUUUGGCAUUUGCCAGAGAACACCAAGAUUGGAAAAUUCGCCACUGGCGCCCUGUGCUCUUCACAGAUGAAAGCAGGUUCACACUGAGCACAUGUGACAGAGUCUGGAGACGCCGUGGAGAACAUUCUGCUGCCUGCAACAUCCUCCAGCAUGACCGGUUUGGCGGUGGGUCAGUCAUGGUGUGGGGUGGCAUUUCUUUGGGGGGCCGCACAGCCCUCCAUGUGCUCGCCAGAGGUAGCCUGACUGCCAUUGGGUACCAAGAUGAGAUCCUCAGACCCCUUGUGAGACCAUAUGCUGGUGCGGUUGGCCCUGGGUUCCUCCUAAUGCAAGACAAUGCUAGACCUCAUGUGGCUGGAGUGUGUCAGCAGUUCCUGCAAGAGGAAGGCAUUGAUGCUAUGGACCGCCCGUUCCACAGACCUGAAUCCAAUUGAGCACAUCUGGGACAUCAUGUCUCGCUCCAUCCACCAACGCCACGUUGCACCACAGACUGUCCAGGAGUUGGCGGAUGCUUUAGUCCAGGUCUGGGAGGAGAUCCCUUAGGAGACCAUCCGCCACCUCAUCAGGAGCAUGCCCAGGCGUUGUAGGGAGGUCAUACAGGCACGUGGAGGCCACACACACUACUGAGCCUAAUUUUGACUUGUUUUAAGGACAUUCCAUCAAAGUUGGAUCAGCCUGUAGUGUGGUUUUCCACUUUAAUUUUGAGGGUGACUCCAAAUCCAGACCUCCAUGGGUUGAUAAAUUUGAUUUCCAUUGAUAAUUUUUGUGUGAUUUUGUUGUCAGCACAUUCAACUAUGUAAAGAAAAAAGUAUUUAAUAAGAUUAUUUCAUUCAUUCAGAUCUAGGAUGUUAUUUUAGUGUUCCCUUUAUUUUUUUGAGCAGUGUACAUAGACAUUUCUCUGGGAUUAUUACAUUAUGGAAAUAAAUAAGUUAGCCAUUCCAUGUGCUUACAUUACGUUAGUUCCUGUGUAGAUGAUAAAAUAAACUGAAGUAACAAAUUGAAGGUCGUGUAGUCUUUCCUCUUUGCUAAUUUGCUAAUUUCUCUGUUCCCUGUGGCAACGAUAAGAAGUACAAAUACAAUCGACCUAAAAGAAACACAAACUAGAAAAAAAGAUUUAUGCAAAUUACUGCAGCCUUUGGUUUUGCACUUGCAAAGAUCCUGCCCCUCAUUACUCAAACAUUGUUGUGUUGACAGUUUAAACCAGAAAGCAAACUUACAGUAUGGAUUGUCUUACGUUAUGUCCCCACAGUUGGAGCUGGCCACGGCUAAGAGUGACAUGAACAGACACCUACACGAGUACAUGGAGAUGUGUUCCAUGAAGCGAGGCCUGGACGUGCAGAUGGAGACGUGCAGGAGACUCAUCACCCAGAGUGGAGACAGGUAUCAGACACAUUCGCUUGGUGCUGAACACUAACUCCAAACGCUCAAUAAGAUACCCUAGGUAUGAGAUAUCCAAAUGGUUAAAGAGAGAGCCUAGAGAUACCCUGGUAUUAGAUACCAGAAAGAGGUAAAAGAUAGCAAGAGAUAAAAUCAAAUCAAAUUUUAUUUGUCACGUGCCGAAUACAACAGGUGUAGGCCAUACCGUGAGGGGGGGGGGGGGGGGGGGGUUAAUGCAAAUAGUCUGGGUAGCCAUUUCAUGAAUUGUUCAGCAGUCUUAUGGCUUGGGGGUAGAAGCUAAGGAGCCUUUUGAACCUAGACUUGGCGCUCAGGUUAACUCUUUAAUUCUCCCAACUGUACUGAUAGAUUUCAUACAGUAUAUUAAAGAGAUGUGGACGUAGGUCUAUGCAAUACUAGACAGACAGAAAUGCUAGUGACAGAGGCAAAAUAUUAUAUUCCACGAUGCCAGAGGGAUAAGUACAACAUGUCAUACAAUGGCAGUGAUAAACACACAAUAUUAUAGACAGGUAUACACAAUGGAGAAUACAGGUACUGUCAUUAGCCACACUGUACUAUCGUUACAUUGACCCAUCUGUGAGUAUGGCAGCCUGGUCCCAGAUCAGUUUGUGCCGUUUUGCCAUCUUCUAUGGUCAUUAUUACGCCAAUGACCAUAGGAGUUGGCAAGACGGCUCAACAGAUUUGGGACCAGGCUAUGAGUACGGUCCGUUGAGUCAUCUUGUCUCAAGGACAUUCAUUGCCUGUUGUAUUGACUCAACCUCUCCGUCUCCCUUUCAGGAAAUCUCCCCCCCUCAUUACUGCGGCAAUGGAAGACUCUGAUGACGGUGAGAAGGAGAGGAAUAAGGCGUCCCCACCCGCAGACUCUGAAAGUGAUGAACCCUACUGUGAAACACAGGUUAAUAGUGGUACCGUCCCUCACUUACCAUGGAGGAAGUCCUAACCCUUACUGAUGAUGCCCUGUAGAUGUACCAUUGUCUGGAUAGUAGUGCUGUUUACAUUUUUUGCCAUCAGUUAUGUAAAACCAGCAGACUCUUUCCAGGGUUCAUAUCACCACUGCCCUCUUGUGGUUCAGGUUAUUACAACACCUAAUCUGAGGAUAGGACUAAAUGGCUCUUAAAAAUAUAUAGAGAGAGAUUUCUUAACAUUGUGCUAUUUAUAUCUCUUAAUAUAUGAUAUGAAUGAUUAAAAUAUAUAUAUAUAUAUACAUUUUUGUUAAGUUUGCACAUUGAUCUCGCUAUUUGUAGCAAGGUCCAACCAAAAACUAUUUGCACACAGUUUUUGUGGAAUAAAUGCCUUAUGUUACAGAUUUGAAACCACAGCUGAAUUUUUGAAGGCAAAAAAAAAAGGCACAAUUAGCAAACUAUUUGCACAGAAUAAGUAAUUAUCUAGUAGUCUGUCGCAGUCAAACAAAAUUAACAUUUGCAGUUUGCUAAAGGGAAAGGGCCUAGCUGUUGAUAGCCGUCUAUGAAAAUCUAUUUUCUUUAUAAUUAAUAUCCUUUUCAUUCUCUAUUUUCCCCUUUUAAAAGUAUGGAUACAAUUUCUAAGAAACCUAUAAAAAGAUUGCUUAAAAAGGCUUUACAUCCUUCAAUCUCACAACAUUCAUACAGUGCCUUGCAAAAGUAUUCAUCCCCUUGGCGCUUUUCCUAUUUUGUUGCAUUACAACCUGUAAUUUAAAUUUCAUUUAAUGGACAUACACAAAAUAGUCCAAAUUGGUGAAGUGAAAGGAAAAAAAUAAAUUGUUACAAUAAAUUCAAAAAAAUUAAUAACGGAAAAGUGGUGCGUGCAUAUGUAUUCACCCCCUUUGCUAUGAAGCCCCUAAAUAAGAUCUGGUGCAACCAAUUACCUUCAGAAGUCACAUAAUUAGUUAGAUUGCACACAGGUGAACUUUAUUUAAGUGUCACAUGAUCUGUCACAUGAUCUCAGUAUAUAUACACCUGUUCUGAAAGGCCUCAGAGUCUGCAACACCACUAAGCAAGGGGCACCACCAAACAAGCGGCACCAUGAAGACCAAGGAGCUCUCCAAACAGGUCAGGGACAAAGUUGUGGAGAAGUACAGAUCAGGGUUGGGUUAUAAAAAAAAUAUCAAAUUUGAACAUCCAACGGAGCACCAUUAAAUCCAUUAUUAAAAAAUGGAAAGAAUAUGGCACCACAACAAACCUGCCAAGAGAGGGCCGUCCACCAAAACUCACGGACCAGGCAAGGAGGGCAUUAAUCAGAGAGGCAACAAAGAGACCAAAGAUAACCCUGAAGGAGCUGCAAAGCUCCACAGCGGAGAUUGGAGUAUCUGUCCAUAGGACCACUUUAAGCCGUACACUCCACAGAGCUGGGCUUUACGGAAGAGUGGCCAGAAAAAACGCAAUUUCUUAAAGAAAAAAAUAAGCAAACACGUUUGGUGUUCGCCAAAAGCCAUGUGGGAGACUCCCCAAACAUAUGGAAGAAGGUACUCUGGUCAGAUGAGAUUAAAAUUGAGCUUUUUGGCCAUCGAGGAAAACGCUAUGUCUGGCGCAAACCCAACACCUCUCAUUACCCCGAGAACACCAUCCCCACAGUGAAGCAUGGUGGUGGCAGCAUCAUGCUGUGGGAUGUUUUUCAUCGGCAGGGACUGGGAAACUGGUCAGAAUUGAAGGAAUGAUGGAUGGCGCUAAAUACAGGGAAAUUCUUGAGGGAAACCUGUUUCAGUCUUCCCGAGAUUUGAGACUGGGACGGAGGUUCACCUUCCAGCAGGACAAUGACCCUAAGCAUACUACUAAAGCAAUACUCGAGUGGUUUAAGGGGAAACAUUUAAAUGUCUUGGAAUGGCCUAGUCAAAGCCCAGACCUCAAUCCAAUUGAGAAUCUGUGGUAUGACUUAAAGAUUGCUGUACACCAGCGGAACCCAUCCAACUUGAAGGAGCUGGAGCAGUUUUGCCUUGAAGAAUGGGCAAAAAUCCCAGUGGCUAGAUGUGCCAAGCUUAUAGAGACAUACCCCAAGAGACUUGCAGCUGUAAUUGCUGCAAAAGCUGAAUAGUUAUGCACGCUCAAGUUUUCAGUUUUUUUGUCUUAUUUCUUGUUUGUUUCACAAGAAAAAAAAUUUUGCAUCUUCAAAGUGGUAGGCAUGUUGUGUAAAUCAAAUGAUACAAACCCCCCCAAAAUCUAUUUUAAUUCAAGGUUGUAAGGCAACAAAAUAGGAAAAAUGCCAAGGGGGGUGAAUACUUUUGUCAAACCACUGUAUAUACACAACAUGUUAUUAACAGAAGUUCACAACAUUUGUAUUUAUGUUGACUUUAUUAUGAUUUACUUUAUUUGAUUACAUAUUCAUAAACUUGAUUAAUUUAUUUCAGCACUUUUUCAGCCAUUGAAAUUCAGAUAGCAAUUUUAUUUUGAAAUGAGUAAAUAACAUUUUUAUUGCUAUUUAUUUAUUUUAUAUUAAAAUCGCUAUAAUUAAAGUAUGAUAGUUGAUUGUUUUUUUUAUGUGAAAUGCCGAGAAUAAUAUUAUGUCGUUUUGCAAAGACAAUUCACAAAAGCCAUUGCUAUAAUUAUUCCCAGAAGUUUAGAGUUAAAAGUAAACCAUUGGUACCAUUAGCUUUGUACUGUCAUGCACAUUGCUGUGAUUCCAAACAAUAAGCAAACAUAGAAGCAUACUGCAUAUAGACCCAUGGAUAGUGUUGAUAUCACAACCCACAUAAACAUGUCCUAUAAAAGCACACACUCAAUGGUAGUGUAUCAAUCCCCAGCCAGCAGUGACUUUAUCUUGAACUCAAAUACAAUGGAAAAAAAGCUCUCUGAUCAAUCAACGGCGAAUCAGACUGCCAUUUUGGUGCACUUUUAAAAUGGACAGCCAAGAGGUAUGAGUUUAAAGGCUGUAGACAAAGGGACAAGUAGGCUACAAUAGAUGUUAGUCCUGUUCAGGACAAUCCAACAUACUGCUAGCAGGUGAACCACUGCUUUAGGAGCUUGUUCAAGGGCACUCGACUGUGACAUGUUUUAUGUAGCACAUGAGACCUUCAUUUUCUGAACACGGGCAGACCACCUAGUGUGUUUAACCAUCUGCUUUGUGAGAUCUGUGGUUUUGUCUCUGGAUGUUGCACAGUUUCAUUGCACUUGAACAUGCUCAGUGUUUACAGUUGGAGAAAACGUAAACAACAAUCAUAUCUAGGGCUUGAUUCAAUCAGUAGCGCAGAAGAUCAGCGUUAUAGCACGAUUUACAUUUAAAGGAAAUGUUUCCGCGUUCGCGGAGACUGCAUUCACGGUAAAUGCUGCAAAUGUCUGCUCAAUCUGAAAUUACCUUUACAUUUCAACCACACUACAACACAGAUCGUCCGCGCUCCGGAUUGAAUCGAGCCGCUACUUUGUUUAUUGAUGUCUGAAAGCAUAUUGUAAAAACGUUCCCCCCUAUAUUGUACAGUUUGUAAAUCUCCACAUAUAAGUUGCACAAAAUAAUCUAUAUUCAACAGUAAUGGUAACGCUGUAUAAAAAUGCAAACAUAUAACACCUUUUACUAGCUGUUACUGAAUGUAAAUAACAUGUAAAUGUACACUGAGAAGACGAAGCCAUGUAAGAGAAGCCAGGAAUGCAUGUAAGAGAUUUCAGAAAGAGAUUUCAGAUAGUAUGACUGGAAAGGUGGCCAUUGUAUUGAAAGUGUCUUUGGAUACACAAAAAAUACUAGCUGUAUUGGUGUGCAUGUACCUCUGUCUAGUGCUGUCUGUCUUGUAUUACAAGAAUGUUUCAGAGUUGACUUGUUCACCUCUCUGGAGAUUCAAAACAUGUCUUUCAUGCCGCAAAAGAGUAAACACAGAAGAAUGUACAGAAGAAAACAACAGCAAAAGCAGUCUUAAGACUUGUAUCACCAUAGCCACCAAUAGACUACCAUACCUCGUCAUGCAACUGUGUACAGAAGCUCAACAAGUAAACUUCUGAAAAUGGAAAUAAAAUCUAUCUGUUGAAAUAUGAAUAUUAGUAACAGCGGUGUAAGAAUUAAGAUUAUAUGUAGUGAAAGAGUUGAGCAUUACAUUUCCAGUCUCAGGUAAUAUAAUGGAGUAUACCAAACAUUAGGAACACCUUCCUAGUAUUGAAACAGCCUCAAUUCGUCAGGGCAUGGACUCUACAAGGUGUCGAAAGCGUUCCACAGGGAUGCUGGCCCAUGUUGACUCCAAUGCUGUGUCACGUUAGCUGGAUGUCCUUUGGGUGGUGGACCAUUUUUGACGGGAAACUGUUGAGCGUGAAAAACCCAGCAGCGUUGCAGUUCUUGACACAAACCGGUGCACCUGGCACCUACUACCAUACCCCGUUCAAAGGCACUUAAAUAUUUUGUCUUGCCCAUUCACCCUCUGAAUGGCACACAUACACAAUCCAUGUCUCAAGGCUUAAAAAAAUAUGAUUCUACACUGAUUGAAGUGGAUUUAACAAGUGACAUCAAUAAGGGAUCAUAGCUUUCACCUGGUCAGUCUAUGUAAUGGAAAGAGCAGGUGUUCUUAAUGUUUUGUACACUCAGUGUAUCAGUCAACAUGAUUGAAAUGCAGGUGACUUACAAAUAUGAAUUUGUCAAACAGCAGCAUUGUAUAGAGACAUUAUAAUGAUUAAGGGGUUGCAAACAAAGACUUGUACUCCGUUGAGCCCAAUAUAAUUGAUCUGGGACUGUGUAUACAAUGUAUCUGUGUAACUGAACAACCUCCAGGUUUCUGGAAACAAAAGGAAAACAAUCAAUGUAUUAAUGGAAGUGGUGUACAGAAUAAAAUAUCUUGAAGGAGACUGUGGUCCUGGAGUUUUGUUUAUUUCUAUUAAUUUCAAUGACAGCAAUUUGUUUUCCUUAGGCAUACUCCCUAAUGAUUUUAUAAUUCGAUUUCCAUUUAGACUUUCCUAAAAGCCAAGCAAGAAAUGAUGUAAAAAGGAAAAAGCACCAAAGCAAAUCAACGAGUGAGCACUAAAACAGUGAACAAGCCCAUUGCAAAAACAUUAAUUUACCAGUUCAGCGCAUUUAAACACUGUUCCAGUAACACUUUGUGCCCUCUGGCUGAAAAUAAAACUGUUGUAUUGUGAACUUUGAAGUCAUUGAAGACUCCGAGGAGACAUUGCUGGAGAGCCUGUCUGCUAAGUGACCACUGCACCAGCUGAGCUCAACUUCAUCAUGUUCUGCUGCCUACACUGGAUUUCUUGCUUAUGCAUGAGCUUGAAGCGGCCAGUACACACACGCACACUGACACACACAAACAUGGUUUACUUUCAAGCGUCAAUGAUCUGAGAAAAACAAAACAAAGCAGUAGGCUAUCCCUAGAGGUUCACAAAAGCAAGUCAGAGCAGCUGUAGUUUUUUUGGGAUGAAAUUAUUAUUUCAGCGAGAGAGAGCGCGCACGUUUCCGUUCGCUAUAUUUUUGCAAUAGUCAACUACAUAGCUCCAAAACCUUGGUUCUAAAGAGUUUUGACUUUAAAAAUAUAUAUACAAAUAUAUGGUUGUAAAAUAUAUGGUUAUAAAAAAAUAAAAUAUAUAAAAUAUAGGUUUCUAUAUAUUUUUUUACAACCAUCGAUUGGGACCAUUAUAUCCAGGGAACCUGCUGCAUCACUGUGUACAGACUGCGAGUCGUGCUUCAAAGACGCGUCAACAUUUUCCACAGGCGUCGGCUCGCAGUUUCAGGAGAGAGUUUGUAAGAAAUUGGACCAAAGUGACAGAAGCCUGCUGGAUUUCUACGGAGUAUUGAAACAAUCGUUCGCUUGCCUGUGGAUAGUAUUACGUUCACAAAUAUACUGUAGCUAUAGUGUAUCUCUCUCUCUCUUUCUCGUGCGCGCCUUCACCCACUCCCUACUCCCCCUUGACAACGGAUUAUUAUAAAGCUGCUACCAUCGACAUGUGAGCAAACGGAAUUUUAUCCCGUUUUUUAGUUUAGCUAAAUGUAUAUGAUAUGUGUCCGAUAGAGAUAUAGACUACAGCGUUUUGAAUACUUAUUUAAUGAUGUUAGAGCAAGUGUAUUGUUUUAGCGAUGUCAACUAAUUGCAACUAUGGAUUGUUUUCCUGCUAAACUAAAAAUAUGUUGAAAUAGUUAGUUGCUUUUAAAUAUUCAUUUUAGUAUUCGAAUAGUCUACCCAAACGUAAAAUAUAUCACAGAAAGUAGGCCUAUUACAAAUUAAUAUUAGGCUAUAUCUAUUUGUAAGUCGCUCUGGAUAAGAGCGUCUGCUAAAUGACGUAAAUGUAAAUGUGAAUGUAUAUCUCAGUCUCACCAUAUCAAUAGUAGAAUGACUUAUUCACAAUGACUCAGUCAAUAUUCAUCAUUGUGCUCAUCUUCAUAUUGGCUUUUAUGAAGUUAUCUGUUGUAGUAUUUAAAAAUCAUAUUUUGUAUAGUUUUUUUUUGUUAUCUACUCAGUCAUUAGCGAACAGCACCUUGCCUGGCUUGUUUAUCUGGAGCAAAAUGCAUCCAUCUUUGUUAAGAGCAGCUUCCAUGGCUUUUUCCCACUAAUCUCUCUCCAUUUUGCCAGUGGAAAUCAAGCCUGUCUAAUACAGGCUCUGUACCAAAUCAAACCAGAGUGGUUGUUUGGUCAGGAUGUGGCUCAGACAUGAUGAGAGAACAGGCUUCUACGAUAUGCUUUUGUAGUUUAAACAUCACAUGUGUCAUUUUCUACCAUAGCCGAUAUAUUUCGUAUUCAUUCAGUCUGUGUGCUUAUUAAUCCUUAGUGUUUGAAGAGGCCUGCUUCAGCAGUUAAGUUAUUCUUCACUUAGACGCCAAUGCUAGUAUAGCCUACUUACUAUACUGUAUGGCUUAGCAAGCUCAAAUCAAAUCAAAUCAAAGUAAAUGCAGGUGCAGGGAAAUGCUUAUGUUACUAGCUCCUGACAAUGCAGUAACAUUUCAAACAGAUACACAAAUAAUACAUUUACAAAGCAAAAAAACAGAAAAUACAUUUAUCAUUCAUUUUCCUUGCCAGUUUUGGUGGAGUUUUGGCAGUUGUUGUUGUUAGUAAGUAAAUGCCUCUCUCUACACAGGUCGACCACAGAUGCAGGAACCCCGGGAGCCCCUGAGGGAGAAGGGGGGCCCCCGGCCCCAGCCCCCAACCUCACCAGUAACCGACGACUACAGCAGACGCAGGCACAGGUGGACGAGGUAAGACUCAGAGAAUUGAACACUUAUGGAAGAUUCUGGAGCAGCAUCUGAGACAGUGUUUUCCAUCAACAAAACACCAAAUGAUGGAAUUUAUCUUGGAAAAAUGGUGUCGCAUCCCUCCAAUAGAGUUCCAGACACUUGUAGAAUCUAUGCCAAGGUGUACUGAAUCUGUUCUGGCUCGUGGUGGCCCAACGCCCUAUUAAGACAUUUUAUGUUGGUGUUUCCAGUAUGAAAAUGUAUGCACUCACUAACUGUAAGUCGCUCUGGAUAAGAGCGUCUGCUAAAUGACUAAAAUGUUAAAUGUUUCCUUUAUUUUGGCAGUUACCUGUAGGUUUCUUCAUGAACAAGAAUACAAUGCUGACUGUCCUCUCCAUUCCACUCCUGUCCCCUACAGGUAGUAGACAUCAUGCGUGUGAACGUGGACAAGGUGUUGGAGAGGGAUCAGAGACUGUCGGAGCUGGACGACAGGGCUGACGCUCUGCAGGCUGGGGCCUCACAGUUUGAGAGCAGCGCUGCCAAGCUGAAGAACAAAUACUGGUGGAAAAACCUCAAGGUUUGUGUGUGUGUGUGUGUGUGUGUGUGUGCUUGCGCAUGUGUAUGUGACCGACUGGGUUCAAACCCAGUUCUCCUACAUGCCACAGGUCUGUGUUAGCCCUCUGAGUAAAAGCCUAGGCAUUAGCUCAGGGGGCUAACGCAAGUCUUCAGUUCUCAGGCAACUCUUCACACAAGCAGGAGUCAUUUGAAAAACAACCUUCACAUAGGUCACUCUUUAAUUAUAAACUUAGUUUACUGUUUUAGGCUUCCAUAGUGCAGGCUACCAUCCCAUGGCAGUCACACACUAGCUGUAUAUCAUGACAAGGUGUUGGGGUAUUUCCACAGUGCUCAGACAUUUUAUACAAAUGAUGUCCCUGUACAGAGAGGAAGAACUCUCUCCAACAUAUCAGACCUGGGUUCAUAUAGUAUUUGAAAUCCUUCACUUUAGCUAUGCUUGAUUGAGUUUACCUGGAACCAACACAACAUUCCCAAAAGUGCAAAUCCUGCCAGUCUGUGACUCUUCGUACUUCCACCUACCAUCUUAGCCCUUUGUUUGCUCCGUUCUCCUGUGACCUCACUUAGGGCUCUAUUCAAUCUGGAUCGCUGAAGUGUUACAGAUUGCGCAAUAGAAAUGUAAAGGUAAUUUCCGAUUGAGCCGACAUAUGCAACGUUUUUUAUUGUGAAUGCAGCCACUAACGCAGGAACAUCGCCUUUACACUUCAAUCACGCUGUAACACUGAACUUCCGCGAUAUGGAUUGAAUAGAACCCUUGUAAAACAUUUCGAUCCUUCUAUCCUUCAAUCCAGUUCUCACAGCAUGAAUUUAUAAACCCUCAACCAACCCCCUCCCCCUCUCCCUUCUCUGCUUUUGAGCACAGAUGGCUGUCCCGUUGCCUGUCCAAUCAUGUGUGUCCAUUGAGAAGGGGGAGGGGUUAUAAAUCCCAAUCUGGAUUACUGUGUGAUGCAGGAUUAAAAACCCAGCUGUGGCUCGACUCCUGAUGUAACUCCUACAGAUCAUCCCUCUCUCCCUCUCACUCUAAUGCUUCCUCUAUUCCUCUCUUCCUGUCAUGCACUUUCUCUCCCUCUUAACCCUCCCUUCCUCACUCUCUCCAUCUCUCUCUCCCUCUCUCUCCUUGUUUCUCUCCUAAUCUCAGUCAUCCAGCCCCCAUAGUUGAUUUGUCCUCCCCCCCCCCCCCCCCCCCCCCUCUUAUGCUCUACAGAGCCGGCUCUAAUAUUAUAUUCAUCACGGCUAACCUCUCUCUCUGAAAUUGAAUAAUUAUUUGCCAUACAGGAAAAACCACAUCACACAGGUGUGCCUGGUUAGGCCAUUGGCUUGUAGUAGUAUCAUAGUCAUGUUUGCAUAAUCCACGUGACGUACCGCAGCAAUAUCACAUUAGUGCUAUUUGUUUAUACUAUGGCCGGGAUUCAAUCCAAAGGGCGUUAUAGAUCAGACUUUUGAAGGUAAUUUACGCUUGAAACGACAUAUUGGGGAAAUUGCCUUUAAAAAAGGUGCAUUGUCGGCUUUCCAGUGCGCUGCUGUAUAACACGCACGCCUUGGAUUGAAUCCUGGCCUAUGUGACGCACAACAGUUUGAUCUGUUUAUGAUCGUUUUCUGAUCUACUGUACAUUGUUAAUAACGAUGGGAGAGAGAGAGAAGCAACAGCAAGCAAUAUACACUGAACAGAAAUAUAAACGAACAUGCAACAAUUUCAAAGAUUUUACUGAGUUACAGUUCAUAUAAGGAAAUCAGUCAAUUGAAAUAAUCUAAUCUAUGGUUUCACAUGACUGGGAAUACAGAUAUGCAUCUGUUGGUCACAGAUACCUUAAAAAAGGUAGGGGUGUAGAUCAGAAAACCAGUCAGUCAGUAUCUGGUGUGACCACCAUUUGCCUCAUGCAGCGUGACACAUUUCCUUUGCAUAGAGUUGAUCAGGCUGUUGAUUGUGGCCUGUGGAAUGGCUGUGUAAAGUUGCUGGAUAUUGGCGGGAACUGGAACACGCUGUCGUACACGUCGAUCCAGAGCAUCCCAAACAUGCUCAAUGAUGUCUGAUGAGUAUGCAGACCAUGGAAGAACUGGGACAUUUUCAGCUUCCAGGAACUGUGUGCAGAUCCUUGCGACAUGGGGCUGUGCAUUAUCAUGCUGAAACAUGAGUUGAUGGCGGCGGAUGAAAGGCACGGCAAUGGGCCUCAGGAUCUCGUCGAUAAAAUACAAUUGUGUUCGUUGUCCGUAGCUUAUUCCUGCCCAUACCAUAACCCCACUGCCACCAUGGGGCACUCUGUUCACAGCGUUGACAUCAGUAAACGGCUCGCCCACACAACUCCAUACACGCUGCCAUCGGUACAGUUGAAACUGGGAUUCAUCUGUGAAGAGCACACUUCUCCAGCGUGCCAGUGGCCAUCGAAGGUGAGCAUUUGCCCACUAAACUCGGUUACGACACCAAACUGCAGUCAGGUCAAGACCCUGGUGAGGACAAUGAGUAUGCAGAUGAGCUUCUUUGAGAUGGUUUCUGACAGUUUGUGCAGAAAUUCUUUGGUUGUGCAAACCCACAGUUUCAUCAGCUGUCCGGGUGGCUGGUCUCAGACGAUCCCGCGGGUGAAGAAGCCGGAUGUGGCGGUCCUUGGCUAGCGUGGUUACACAUGAUCUGCGGUUAUAAGGCCGGUUGGACGUACUGCCAAAUUCUAUAAAACGACAUUGGAGGCAGCUUAUGGUAGAGAAAUGAACAUUAAAUUCUCUAGCAACAGCUCUGGUGGACAUUCCUGCAAUCAGCUCCCUCAAAACUUGAGACAUCUGUGACAUUGUGUUGUGUGACAAAACUACACAUUUUAGUGGCCUUUUAUUGUCCCCAGCACAAGGUGCACCUGUGUAAUGCUGAUGCUGUUUAAUCAGCUUCUUGAUAUGCCACACCUGUCAGUUGGAUGGAUGAUCUUGGCAAAGGAGAAAUGCUCACUAACAGGGUUUUUGUGCCUAUGGAACAUUUCUGGGAUCUUUUAUUUCAGCUCAUUAAACAUGGGGCCAACACUUCACGUUGCGUUUAUAUUUUUGUUCAGUAUAUAUGUAAAGAGCAAGGUUACAGCUAUCACGAUGAGAGUAAAAUUGAAUGGAUUUUAGAUUCAGCUCUCUCCAGAUUAAAAAUAAUAAACAAUAAUGUGCUAUUAAAUGUGUUUAAUAUUGAAAAGUGUUCGAGAUAAUAUAGAAGUGGUUUUAUAUAUUUGAAGGUUUUAUAUUGUCUUUUCAGAUGAUGAUCAUAAUGGCUAUCAUAGGAGUCAUAUGUGUUGGCGUUGUCUUCUGUAAGUACCAUAUAUAUCGACAUUUUCACUUAGAAAGUCCGCUUCACUCGAUUCUCACACAAAACAUGAAGAAAAAAAGAAUGUUUUGUGAAACACAUGCACAUGCAUUUUUGUAUCGCUGUAGCCUGUAGUAGUCUGAUGUCCAAAGUAGGAAACAACCGUUUACUCAGAUACUUACUUGAUCUUUCUCAUCUUCUCCCUUGCAGUGUAUUUCUAUUACUGAGCUGGUCUCUUCUGGGACGGACAACAAGCGCAAGACCAGAUACCAGAAUGAAGCCAAAUCCACGAGUGUGAAUCCUGCCUUCCCUUUCCUCCUCCUCUCCUUCAUCCCUCUCUUCUUACCGAUGCCUUCCAUCCAUAACCACCAUGCACGUGUAGACGUUGGCGCAGUGCCUCUCCCUCUUCUUUCCUCACGGUCGUUCUCUGCCGUUGUGUCCUUGAGCGAG